UAAAAAUAUUAGACAAGGAGUACAAAUAAUCUCACCACAAACAACAUUUUUACAUUCAUAUACAAUUAAACUCACAACUAUCACAAAUCCAUAAACCCGAGAUUUCUCAUAAUAUCUCCUAAUACAAGUAAAUCCCAAAUCAAAUUUUUUCUUUAUCACCGAUAAAAUCUUAAUUUAAGAGUUAAGACUAAGACUCUGUGUACGAUUUACUAGUUCAUUCGGAUCAUUUUGUUCGUUCAAGAAGAAGCGGUCAACAACUUGAUGAUAAUUGCCAAACAAAGAGUAACAUACUUUCGCCAUAAAUCUUAAAUCUUUCGCUUCCAGCCAUUUUCCUCGUAAUUUGACGAUCAAACUUCAUCAAAAAUUUCAUAAAUUUUAUCCCUCUUUUCUUUUCUCUCUUUCUCUCUCCUCUGAAUUUCUUCUGACACACACCUCCACGCACUCCGUAACUAAUUUAUUUUCCCACCAACAAACUCUCCCUUCUUCCUUCUUCCUCUGUUCAACAAUGGCGAUUUCAUCUUCAACCUUCCUCCAUGAAAAGAAAUACCCCUUCAUCUUCAUCCUCUCUCUCCUCUUCCUCUCCUUCACCUUCCUCCUCAUCUCCAACUCUCAAUCCUCCUCCUUCUCUCUCCCUUCCUUCAACUUCUCUCGCCGCGGCACGCCUCUCGAACCUCUAACAAUCUCUCCAGAACCUUCCGCCGUUGUCGCCGCUCCGAUCGAGGUGCCGGAAUCUCCGGCGAAGGUUAGCGUCUCCGGCGAGAUUGAUUUCGACGGAGAUCUGUUGAAUUUGAAAUGGGAGGUGUGUAAGGGUGGAUUGUCGGCGGUUGAUUAUAUACCUUGCCUUGAUAAUUGGAAAGCGAUUAAGGCUUUGAAAUCGAGGAAGCAUAUGGAACAUAGAGAGCGGCAUUGCCCUACGCCGAAUUCUCGUUGUUUGGUGCCGUUGCCGAGAGGUUAUAGGAUUCCUAUCCCCUGGCCUAAAAGUAGGGACAUGAUUUGGUAUGACAAUGUCCCUCACCCAAAGCUAGUAGACUACAAGAAGGACCAGCAUUGGGUUGUCAAGUCAGGUGAUCAUUUUAUUUUUCCUGGAGGUGGAACUCAAUUUAAGGAAGGUGUUGCAAACUAUAUCCAGUUUAUUGAAAGGGCUACACCCCUUGUCAAAUGGGGUCAAAACAUCAGGGUUGUUCUGGAUGUUGGUUGUGGAGUUGCCAGCUUUGGAGGGCAUUUGUUGGAUAGAGAUGUUCUUACCAUGUCAUUGGCCCCUAAAGAUGAACACGAAGCUCAAAUACAGUUUGCUCUAGAACGUGGAAUUCCUGCAUUUCUUUCAGUUAUUGGAACUCAACAACUAACAUUUCCAGACAAUGCCUAUGAUCUCAUUCAUUGUGCUAGGUGCAGGGUUCAUUGGGAUGCAGAUGGUGGCAAACCUUUAUUGGAGCUCAACAGGAUUCUCAGGCCUGGGGGGCUCUUCAUUUGGUCUGCUACACCAGUCUAUCGCAACGAUGAAAAGGACGUGACCGUAUGGAACUCCAUGGUAGCUUUAACAAAAUCGAUGUGCUGGAAGGUAGUGGCAAAGACCAUGGCAUCAACAGGAAUUGGGCUUGUGGUGUAUCAGAAACCAGUCUCUCCAUCGUGCUACAGGGAACGUGAAAAGAAUGAACCGCCAAUGUGUGAAAUGGGGAGAAAUAUGUCAUGGUACUCACCUCUUCAAAAAUGUCUUCCCCAGCUUCCACCUGAAGCUUCCAGUUGGCCUCCUCUAUGGCCCAAAAGGCUUACCUCUAAACCUUAUAGCCUCCCUUCAGCACCACUUGUGGAACAAGCGUUUCAUAAUGACACCCGUGACUGGCAUGCUCUCGUGGCAGAUGUUUACAUAGGUGGCCUUGGAAUAAACUGGUCAAGUGUGCGUAAUGUAAUGGACAUGACUGCUGGUCGCGGAGGAUUUGCUGCAGCUCUUAUUGAUAUGCCACUGUGGGUGAUGAAUGUUGUUCCAGUCCAUGAGCCAGAUACACUUCCCAUAAUUUUUGACCGAGGGUUAAUUGGAGUGUAUCAUGAUUGGUGUGAAUCUUUCAACACUUAUCCAAGAACUUAUGAUCUCCUGCACUCUACUUUCCUCUUCAGCAAUCUCCCAAACGGGUGCGACAUCAUAGAUUUGGCUGCAGAGAUUGAUCGCAUUGUGAGACCAGGUGGGUGGGUAUUGAUUCAAGAAACCAAAGAACAGAUCAACAGAAUAGGAGCAAUCUUUCGUUCUCUUCAGUGGUCUGUGAAUCUCUACAAUGAUCGAUAUCUUGUUGGCCAGAAAAGUUUCUGGCGUCCGCAUGGUGGUCGGGUGCAAAGAUGAACCAAGCAAAUAAAUGAACAAGUACGGCUUCUAUGGUAUAAUUUUCAAUGCAAUUUUACCAUUCUUUUGAUACCACGUAUGGAUAGUGUGUAUAGGGAUUUCCUGGAAUGUUCUGAUUACAUGGCUUUAUAGAGGCCAUGCUUGGAAUGAGGAAAAUUAUUUAAGGGGUGAUAUAGUUUUAUAAUGGUAUGUUAAAUAAGCAGGAAUGGUGGUGGACUUGAAGGAAGAGGAGGAGGUGGUCUAUUACCCUAACAACCACCCCCGCCUCCACCCACUUCGCAACUUCUUAUUUAACUCCUAUUAUCCCCUAAAAUAAUUUACUCCAUCCCAAGCGAGCCACUGAAGAUGAAAUGAAGGAAAAAUUAUUUAGGAAUGGUCUCUGCAUAAUGUUUACGCUCUUGUUUCCCUGGUUGAUUCUGCUCUUCCUGUGCUGUUAUUAGCAGGUAGUGCUAAAUUAGAACAAACACAUUUAAACAAACAGAAAUACUAGUAAUAAUUACUUUGAUCCAACAUGAUGUUAAUACAACCUAGUGCCUGCAGCGCACAUCCACAUAAAUCAGGUGUUUUCUUAAAAUAGG